GUGUACGCUGAUGUCACGUGACUGCUGGACCUCUUCGACCACAACACCGAGGACCCCGCACAGCUUGUCAACAAAAAACAACGGUGACAACUUUCUCAGCGUUCACCGAGCAAAACUCUGAAGCUACAGCAAACCAUCACUCACCUGUCCGGUAGACAGGCCGUCUCAAUGCAUUACAGAGGACCGAAAACACCGCGGCGAUUAUGGACGUGUACGAUUUGUUUAGUAGUUGCAGAAAGGGCGACAUUUGUAGAGUCAGAUACCUUGUUGAACAAAGAGAUGUUGACCUCAAUGUAAAAGAUAAAUGGGACAGCACUCCAUUGUAUUAUGCUUGUCUCUGCGGUCACGAGGAGCUGGUCCAGUACCUGUUGGCUAGUGGUGCCAAGUGUGAAGCCAACACAUUUGAUGGCGAGAGAUGCAUGUAUGGCUCCCUGAGCGACUCUGUUCGACGCCUGCUCAAAGACUACAAGUGUGUAAGCAUCCGCGCCAUGCAGCGGGAUGAUUUCAACUACUUUCUGCACAUGUUGUUAGAGCAGGGUCAGUAUAGUGACGUCAAAUUCCUGGUUCACGGACAAACGUUUCUAGCACACCGAUGUGUUCUCAGUGCUCGCUCAGAGUACUUCACGGAAAUGUUUGAGACCAAAUGGAAAGGGAAGAACUUGAUCAACCUCAAGCACCCUUUGAUCAAUCCUGCUGCCUUUGGAGCCAUUCUACAAUAUUUCUACACAGGACGGAUGGAUAUUGAUAUAAGUCUUGUGGAGGACAGUAGACGACUGGCUAAACAGUGCAAAAUGGCAGAUCUCAUAGAAGAGCUGGAGAAUAAAUGCAAACAAGUGUAUGAAUUUGUGUCCAAUAAACCGGGAAUCUGUGUGAAAGUUCUCACCCUCGAGCCUCACAGCUGUCAACUUCAGGAGGAGAUGGCUCAGUUAGCAGACUGUGCGCUGCCCACUGAAUUAAGGGUUGGAUUUGGUGAGCUUCCCUUUAACAGAGUCGACCGUUUCCCUACUUAUCCCGACAUCUGCUUCAGAGUCGAUGGUUACGAUUUCUUGUGCCAUAAGGCAUUUUUCUGUGGACGUAGUGAUUAUUUUAAAGCCCUACUGGAGGACCACUUCAGUGAGGGAGAGCAGCUCCAGUCUCAGCCCAGCACCCCAGUGAUUACUUUACACAACAUCUCGCAUGAAAUCUUUAUCCACAUCAUGUAUUACAUCUACACAGAUGACACUGAGCUAAUGACGGAAAACGUGUUUGACGUGCUGUGUGUGGCUGACAUGUAUCUGCUGCCGGGGCUUAAGCGUCUGUGUGGAAAGACGCUGGCUAAGACGAUAUGCGAGGAAAACGUUCUGCACAUGUGGAAGACGGCCAAGCUCUUCCGUCUCUCUCGGCUAGAAGAUCAGUGCACAGAGUUCAUGGCCAAGAUCAUCGAGCGGCUGGUGGAGCAAGCAGAGUUUGCCGAGAUGGUCAAAGAGGACGCCGCGUCGUUAGAGAAGCGCCAGGAGACGGACUCGGUCCCCUUGGUGGACGACAUCCGCUACCACAUCGCCAGCAACGUGCAGACGUACAGUGCAAUCGAGGAGGCUAACCAGAAACUGGAAGCCUUGGAGGAGCUGCUGGCGAGGAUUAAUAUUGACUGCUGAGAGGUCUGCAGGUUUGUGAUGCAGCUUCAGUGAAAGUUGAGGGUUUUUUUUUUAAUGGUGGAUACUUUGCAAGGAGGUAACAAGCACUUCUAGUAAAACAAAAGUGAAAAAAAAAACAUAUGCAUUUGUAUGUUUGCAGUUUUUAUUUUAUUUUCAGCAUAUUGCAUAGAAUAUAUAUUUGAAAACAGCUGGUUAUGUUUGGUGCAGAUGUACAGAGAGCUGUUCGUUGUGGCUGUUUAACGUUUCUUUGAGAGACAUACCAACUGUGACAAAACAUAUUUUGCAAAAUGGGUUCUGAAGAGAUCAUGUGUAAUAUAUUUACAACAGAAUACAAAAUAUCUUUGCACUGCUAACACGUGUGUUUAAUUUAGAUGGAAGUUGUGUGCAAGAAUUUGAAUGUUUAAAAAAAUGAUAAACAAGUUUACUGAACUUCAUUAAAUAUAAUUUUUAUGUUUUAAAAAAAAGGCAGUUGGUUAAAUUGUUACUUUCACACUCGAGAAAUAUUGGCAAAAAAAAGUUUAUGUUCGCUUUAUCCAGAAGAUAAUUUAAUCUUCUUCUGAUCCCCUUUGUUUGGUGUUACAUAGAAUAUUGCUUUAUGCCAUAUUUAAUGUGCAGACGCACCUAAAUAUUGACUGCCCAUAUUUAGUUGUAUUACGCUGCUGUAGUUUGCCUCGCUGUUUGAACAGUGACAUUUCUCCGGCAUGAAUACUUACCCCUUCUAACACAGUAAUGCACUUUAUUUUAACCUAAAAUGAGAAAUCUGUCGCCUUGUGUGUGUACCAGAAAAUAACUGCUCUGAAUUUUACCAAUAAAACACAAUAUUG